GAAGCCCGUCUUUAGUUCUCAGAGGGUCCUCUGGGAAGAGUCACAAAGCGCUUUCCUCCGAGACGCACGCAGCGGCGCAGCUCCAGACUCAUCCGCAACACGGGACAUCACGUCCCGGAGCACGGCAGACCGGGGACACAGAGACAGCCAGGGGGACACAGAGACAGCCAGGGGGACACAGGCUGUCAGAUAGUGCUGACAUCUGAUCCGGCUAGUUUGCUGCCUGACAGCUCCAAGCGGGGACCUCGGCGCGUCAGGAGCCACUUCUGAACACCUCUCUGCAUCGAUCAGUCCUUUCUGCGACUUCACCAACAUAUUUUAAAUGUUUGGACAUUCUGGACCCCGUUAAUCUGGCAUGAUUCCUCUGUCGGCUUAGCAUCCACUCCCUCGCGUGGAGUAGGGUCGGGAAUAAAGAUAGCAGUGAUUGAUUUGUAGCGGGGCGCGCAGCAGGAGCGCACCCACGCUGCUCCGCAGGAGCCGGAUCCACCGCAGAAACAAGUGCACGCAGCCCAGUCAGUACCGACCCAGUACCGACUCAGUACCGAGUCAGUACCGACCUCCCCCGAACACCCCCAGAGGAGCCUGUACCGGGCUCGGGAGGUCUGCUCAUGUUUGGGAUCCAGGAGAGCAUCCAGAGGAGCGGCAACAGCCUGAAAGAGGAGCCGCUGGGAGGCAUGAACGUCCGGAGCUGGAUGCAGGGGGGCGGCGUGCUGGACGCCAACACGGCCGCCCAAAGUGGAGUCGGUCUGGCCCGCGCGCACUUCGAGAAGCAGCCGCCCUCCAACCUGCGGAAGUCCAACUUCUUCCACUUCGUCCUGGCUCUGUACGACCGCCAGGGCCAGCCGGUGGAGAUCGAGAGGACCAACUUCGUGGACUUCAUCGAGAAAGAGAAGGAGACCAGCGGAGAGAAGACCAAUAACGGGAUUCAUUACCGACUGCAGCUUCUCUACAGUAAUGGCAUCAGAACAGAGCAGGACUUUUAUGUUCGACUCAUAGACUCCAUGACUAAACAGCCGAUUGUGUAUGAAGGACAAGACAAGAAUCCAGAGAUGUGUAGAGUGCUGCUGACACAUGAGAUCAUGUGCAGCCGGUGCUGUGACAAGAAGAGCUGUGGAAACCGUAAUGAGACGCCCUCAGACCCCGUCAUCAUCGACAGAUUUUUCCUGAAGUUUUUCCUCAAGUGCAACCAGAACUGUUUAAAGAAUGCAGGAAACCCAAGAGACAUGAGGAGAUUCCAGGUGGUGGUGUCCACUACGGUGAGCGUGGAGGGACACGUCCUGGCCGUCUCGGACAACAUGUUCGUCCACAACAACUCCAAACAUGGCCGACGGGCCCGCAGACUGGACCCUGUGGAGGGAACACCAUCUUACCUAGAACAUGGAGCAGCGCCUUGCAUUAAAGCCAUCAGUCCCAGCGAGGGGUGGACCACAGGGGGCGCUACGGUCAUCAUCAUAGGAGACAACUUCUUUGACGGCCUCCAAGUCAUCUUUGGUACCAUGCUGGUGUGGAGCGAGCUGAUUACGCCACACGCCAUCCGGGUGCAGACGCCUCCCAGACACAUCCCUGGAGUUGUAGAGGUCACUCUGUCGUACAAGUCCAAACAGUUCUGCAAAGGCACGCCGGGAAGGUUCAUAUACACAGCAUUGAACGAACCAACCAUCGACUACGGUUUCCAAAGGCUUCAGAAGGUCAUCCCCCGGCACCCUGGGGACCCGGAGAGGCUGCCAAAGGAGGUGAUUCUGAAGCGAGCAGCAGACCUGGUGGAAGCCCUUUACGGAUUGCCCCACAACAACCAGGAGAUCAUCCUGAAACGUGCAGCAGAUAUAGCCGAGGCUCUCUACAGCGUUCCUCGUGGACACUCCCAGCUCUCCGGCUCCACUCACAGCGGCAUGAUGGGAGUCAACUCCUUCACCGGGCAGCUGUCCGUCAACGUCUCGGAACCCCCUCAAGCCAAUCAGGGGUUCGUGCGCAGCAGCAGCAGCGUGUCACCGCACGGCUACGUGCCCAGCUCCACCCCUCAGCAGACCAGCUACACCUCAGUCACGAGCACAAUGAACGGCUACGCCAACAACAGCGGCAUGACCAACCUCGGAGGCUCCCCCACCUUCCUCAACGGCUCGGCAGCCAACUCGCCUUAUGCUAUUGUCCCAUCCAGUCCCACCAUGGCCUCCUCCACCUCUCUACCCUCCAACUGCUCCUCCUCCUCCGGUGUUUUCUCCUUCUCUCCAGCCAACAUGGUGUCAGCGGCGGUGAAGCAGAAGUCGGCCUUCGCUCCGGUGGUCCGGCCCUCGUCCUCCCCUCCUCCCUCCUGCACAAGUGCCAAUGGCAACGGACUCCAAGAUCAAACAUUUGUGGACUCUAGCAAGUACUCAACAGCCGGCUCUCUACAAGGCCUGGCCUUCACCUGAACAAUCGCGGGAAUGAUAGUCCCACCCAUGUAAAGGUGUGUGUGCAUGAGUGGGUGUGUACGCAAGUGUGUGUGUGUGUGUGUGUGUGUGUGUGUGUGUGUGUGUG